AUGGGACUUUCCUUCUCGAAUUUGUUCAAAGGCCUUUUCGGCAAACGCGAAAUGAGAAUCUUGAUGGUCGGAUUGGACGCUGCUGGUAAAACGACAAUUCUCUACAAACUCAAGCUCGGAGAAAUUGUAACGACAAUCCCAACCAUUGGUAAGGUUUUGUUGAAGUUUUGGUUUUUAGGGAUGAAAUUCUGAAGUAUUAGUAGAAGAAAAUGCUUAUACUUAGUCAUGCAUGUGCGCAUAGCUGCUUUCCCGUCUUUAAACAUUACUGUAAAAGGAGUAUAGUAUUAAAUGUUUGAAGUAUAAUUGUAAAACUAAUGUCAACUAUAAUUUUAUUUAAAUUUAAGACAAUAGUUUUAAAAUUAGAUAAUAGCAAAUCGAGGGAGAGCGGUCUUUUGUUUUCUCCUCAUGAGUAAUAUUGCGAUUUCAGGCUUCAACGUGGAAACCGUCGAAUACAAAAACAUUUCCUUCACUGUAUGGGAUGUGGGAGGCCAAGACAAGAUCAGACCUUUGUGGAGACAUUACUUCCAGAACACUCAAGGUCUUAUCUUCGUGGUUGACAGUAACGACAGAGAGCGUGUAGGUGAAGCCAGAGAGGAGUUGAUGAGAAUGUUGGCCGAAGACGAACUACGCGACGCUGUUCUUUUGGUAUUCGCUAACAAACAGGUACGUUGAAGAUGGUUUCUUGGAUGUUUUUAGUAUUAGGAAAGUGUAUUGAGUUAGUGAAACUUAAAUAGCGUGUGAAAAAAUAUUUUUUUGCUGAUUUUAUGUACAAUUUUGAUCUUUUGAUUUCUUAAUUAUGUUUUGAAAAAUGUCUAACUUAAUAUAAACUAUAACGUCACGUUUUAGGAUUUGCCCAACGCCAUGAACGCCGCCGAAGUUACCGACAAACUCGGUCUCCACACUCUUCGCAACCGCAACUGGUAUAUCCAAGCCACGUGUGCCACUUCGGGUGAUGGUCUCUAUGAAGGCUUGGAUUGGCUAUCUAACCAACUGAAGAACCGUAGUUAA